AUGGCGACCGUUAGUGCACCAGGCGAGAUAUCUGAACGCCACACAGUCAUGCCAGACUAUGAAGCCAAACUCACUGCUCUCUUUGACGCCUUCUGGGCACAGCUGGAGCACCGGGCAAGGCUGAAUAACCAGAGCAAAUGCCAGAGCAAAGAACAAUUUAAGCAACACAACCGCCAACGCAUUAUUCCUAAACAGCUCAGGGCCCCAAGAUGGCGCCGCAGGAGGAGAAAUCCUCUGCCUGCAGGUAAACUCAUGGGAGGAAAACCAGUAUCGGAGCACAGCCACAGAGUGCUGGGGACCCCUCGUGCUCCCAAGAGCUCUCCCCACUCUUCUUCCGAGCAGGGAGCCCACCUGAGGGUUACUCCUCACCGCCACCCAUACACCCAGGGGAACAACCGGAAUCCGGCGAAACCUUGGGCCCACGACCCUGGAGAUGGGAUCAAUGGAGUUGUGGAAAGGGCCUCCGCUAAGGCCUCGGGCCGAAGACACAGGAUACUCAAGUGA